AUGAAGCCUAGCAUCGUACUCGAGUGUUGUGUACUGGUGAUUGCACUGAUAGUGGCAGCCGCGACCUCUACAGAGAUGACCACAGACUUGCCCGGCGUGACCAGUCCCGAGUCGUCGACCGGCGAGCCGCUACAUUUGCCGAGUGCGGACUUAAUAUUUGACGUAUGCAGCAACGUAUCCCAAUUGUGUUCGUGUACAAACGGCGCAAAGCUGAAUGUGAGAUGUCGGGGCGUUCCGGUUUUGGACAUACAGUCGUUGGGUAUUCCGACCGAAACCCAAAUUCUAACUAUUAUUGAUGGCAAGGGUGAAAUACUGAAAGCUGAUUCAUUUUCUGGUCUCACAGUGUUAGAACACUUAAAAUUGACAGACUGGCGUGGAUUGAUAGAAAUAGAAGCUGGCGCAUUUGAUGGUUUACCAAACCUUUGGUAUUUAGAACUGUUACAGUUGACUAGUCUGCUUUAUAUAGGACCUGGGGUGAUUGCUGAUUUCCCAAGCUUGAAGGAUAUAUGGAUCCAUGAGAGCGGGCUGAGAAGAGUGCCAGACUUUUCUAAUUUUAGUACUUCUGAGUCAUCAAUUGAUAUUUAUCUUGGUCAUAACAGUAUUGAAGUUCUACCACCGUAUUCGUUUUUUGGAGUGGAAGUUGCCAUUGGCAAGCUAUCAGUGAUCUCUAACAAUAUUUAUCAAGUGGAUGAAUCUGCAUUUGGUGGAUUGACUGUGGUAGAAAUUGAUUUAUCCUAUAAUCCACUCACACACUUGAAGCCAGAUGCGUUUUCGGGCACGAAUGAAUUACGUACACUAAAACUAUCAGCAUCAGAAAUGACAUUCCUUCCUACCAAUGGACUGAAAUUCAUCCAGAAUUUAUACAUUGAAGAAACAUACAGUUUCAAAAUUUUCCCACCUGUGUUUGAGUUUCAGCGAAUAAAGAAAGCAAGACUAACUUAUUUUACACAUUGUUGUGCAUUCUCAUAUCCGACUGAAGAUAACUACAUUAAUGCAGAGAAAUAUGGCAUUUCUGAAGAUUCAAGGAACAUCAGUACUUGCCCACCGACACCGAUGACACCUGUAGUUACACCCACACAGAAAGAAAGUUCACUGUCACUGUUCUUUAGUGAGAUGCUCUCUAAUACAAGAAAACGCAGGUCGAACCGUCCUCGUCGUUCAGAUGAAGCUGAAUGGGGGGAAACGAUACCUACACCAGCUCCUAGUGACUGUGAUGACCCAUUUGAUCCGUUAUGCUCUAAUCCAGAGAUAGACAUUUUGGUGCCAAUGUCGAACAGGCCGACAGUCAAACCACCAUUGACAAAAUCCAUCUGGAUUCCAGAAAUUUUAAAUCCAAAUGAAUCGUACAUACACAUUGGCGAUAAAUGCGGUGAACUAGUUCCCAAGGACUAUUCUCUUGUAGAUUGCAAGCCGGAAGCAAACCCGUUCAAUCCAUGUGGUGAUGUGCUGAAUUAUAUUAUUCUUAAAAUACUGAUAUGGUUUGUUUCAUUGACGGCAUUACUCGGUAACUUUAUCGUGUUGGUUGUGCUGCUGUCAUAUAUCUCUAAAAUUACAGUUACUAAGUUUUUAAUGUGCAACCUGGCAUUUGCCGACUUCUUACAAGGUGUGUACUUACUGGUCACUGGCAUUGUCGAUGUGGUUGCCAGAGGACAAUAUUACAACUAUGCUAUUGACUGGCAGUGGGGAGCAGGGUGCAAGUCUAUCGGGUUUAUCUCCAUAUUUGCCACAUGUGUCAGUGUGUUUACAUUGACCACAAUUACAAUGGAACGUUGGUACGCUAUUAUCCAUGCCAUGCAUUUGAAUAAACGCUUGCAUAUGAAGAUGGCAGCUAAAAUCAUGCUAGUAGGAUGGGUAUUCUCUCUUUCUAUGGCCUGCUUACCGUUAUUUGGUGUGAGUGAUUACAGCGUUACCAGUAUGUGUUUACCUAUGGAUGCUACAGGAGCGUUAGAUCUAGUGUACAUCCUCACACUUUGUACCAUUAUCACCCUUGCAUUCUUAUUGGUGGUCGGCUGUUACGUUAAGAUGUACCACACGGUUCGUAGUCCGGAAAGCUGCUCUUUAGCACACAAGAAAGAUGCCACAGUGGCCAAACGAAUGGGAAUUUUAGUGUUCACCGAUUUUGCCUGUGUAGUGCCAAUCAUGGUGUUUGCCUUCACAGCUGCAUUAGCUAAGCCUCUUAUUGGGGUGGAAGAAGCCAAGAUUCUACUGGUCAUAUUCUACCCAAUCAACUCCUGCACCAACCCGUUUUUGUAUGCCAUCUGCACCAAGGCAUUCCGACGUGACUUGUUCAUGAUGUUGACUAAACAUGGGUUUUGCGAGAAGCGAGCCAUGAAAUACAAAGGUACGUACUCCAGCGGUGGACGUUCUAUGUCUCAUUCUGUGAACCAGGCACCGACGGGCACCAGCACCUGUCACCGUCCAUCCAGCAGCUCCUUGAUGACACAGUGCAUGGUAGAUUGGCACUACAAUGGAAAUGAAUGGCACAACUCCAGGUCUUCUCUGAACAGCAACUGCACACCACAGACAACUCCAAAAGGUGCACCCAGAAACCUGCAUUUGAUACAGACUCCAGAAGAAGAUGAAGACGCGAGGUUGCUUAGCAAUGGAAUGGCGAUAACACUAGCACGUGGUAGUGUAAGUUCGUGUGGGUCGAGCAAAUCAAAAGAGUCAUUGUCACGGAAACUAAGUAAAGUACCUGAACGUCAGGAAUCAAGCAGUGCAGAGCAGCCAUCAGAAACUACAAAACUGAAUCCAUGUGAGGAGAUAUGGCGGAAAAGAGAAGCAUUAGAAAACGCAAUUGCGCCAAUUGCCGAAGAGGAAAAAAUUACUUUUGACAAUGAAUAUGAGAACGUUGAAACAAUUGAAGCCAUAGCAACAGCCAGCACUCACUCCAGUGACUCAAAUAAUGAAAGUGAAACUGUAAAAUCACAAAAAGGUGGACUGCCAUUAGAUAAAUCUGAGCAGAUAAGGAAAGACAGUAGAACUGAUAGUGGAAUACAUUCAACAAUCACCACACCUGAUGUGGUAGACAACAUUGACACGAGACAUUUUCCAAAUACAACAAGUUUGCAGCUGCAACUACUGGAUUCCAUUUCAGAUGAGACAAGAUUGUGA